CCAUGGGGCUCACCAUCUCGUCGCUCUUCUCGCGCCUGUUCGGCAAGAAGCAGAUGCGCAUCCUCAUGGUUGGAUUGGAUGCUGCUGGCAAGACCACCAUUCUUUAUAAACUGAAAUUAGGAGAGAUAGUCACCACCAUUCCUACCAUUGGCUUUAAUGUGGAAACAGUCGAAUACAAGAACAUUUGUUUCACGGUGUGGGAUGUUGGUGGUCAAGAUAAAAUCCGACCCCUCUGGAGGCAUUACUUCCAGAACACCCAGGGUCUUAUUUUUGUGGUGGAUAGCAAUGAUCGUGAAAGAAUUCAGGAAGGAGCAGAAGAGCUGCGGAAAAUGCUUCAGGAAGAUGAGUUGCAAGAUGCAGUAUUACUGCUUUUUGCAAACAAACAAGAUUUGCCAAAUGCCAUGGCCAUCAGCGAAAUGACAGAUAAACUAGGUCUUCAGUCUCUCCGGAACAGAACAUGGUAUGUUCAAGCCACUUGUGCCACACAAGGAACUGGCCUGUACGAAGGACUGGACUGGCUGUCAAACGAACUUUCAAAACGUUAACCGAAGCUGAAGCUCUACCCAAGGACAUGUUUGAUAGGAUUGGUCUAGGCUUGUUACAACAAAAUUAGUUUGCAUCUUCGUUAUUAAACAGUAUCUGGGACAGGUUUGGGCAGAAUAUCACAGCAUCUAAACUUAUUUUGUUGCCAAUUAUUGUUUACCAGGUAUGAUGCUACUGCUUAGCACUAUGCUUGGUUUUAAAGAAAUUCUUGGGAAGCAAAUAGCCUCUUAAUUUACAUAUCCUUGAACCUAAAUGCCUGGUCACUAGCUAUUGUGAUGAUUUCCAAUAAACCUUUCGAAUGUUUUUCGAGCCCACA